AUGAAAUCAUGUAGUUUAUAUAACGAAUCUGUUCCUGGUGCAGUCAAGAAGGUUUAUAUCAGCGCAAACCGAUAUAUUUUUGAAUAUCCAUGUGAAUCUCACUAUAUUUGCACAGAUUAUCAAAUCACACUUUCACGUGGUAAAUAUAUGUUUGAACUAUAUGGUGCAUCAGGUGGUUCUCUUAAUAAUAAAACAUCAUCAUAUCGAUUCGAAAAUAACUCUUGUAUUGACGAUUCCAUUGUUCGACGAUAUAACGGCAACACCAAUUGUGAACGAACUCCAAACAAUGGCGGCGCAGGAGGUUAUAUUUCUGGAACCAUUAUUCUCCAUUCUGACACCGUCACUUUUCUGACCAUUGGUGGCAAAGGGAUUUUUGGAUAUAAUAUCAAAGAAAAAAGUACAGAUAGAUGUUUUAAAGAAUAUCGAAUUAGAGGAGGCUAUGGUGGUGGUGGUAGCUCAGCUAAUUAUUUUGAUUCGUCAAAUUCUCUAUAUACACGUUCAGGAAGUGGAGGCGGUCAAACCGCUGUCAAAUUUUUGAAAAAUGAUUUAUGGCAUCGAGUAUUAGUUAGUGGUGGUGGAGGGGGAAUAGAUGAUGCUAAUGGUCAAUAUGGCAGCAGUGAUGAUGGCUCAGGAGGUGCAGGAGGAAAUCUUGUUGCACAAAGUUGGUUUCAGGAUGGAAAUCUGAAACAUGAAUAUUUUGCUAAUUCUACAAAUGGAUUCACGUUCGGAACAGGUGAAGCUUGUCGAUUCGGAUCUAAAAAGAAUCCGAAUUCAGUUCCAGAUGGGCACAAGUAUGAUAAUGCAGGUGCUGGAUCUGGCUGGUUUGGUGGGUUUUCAUCACAAAAUGGGAGAGGAGGUGCAGGUGGUGGAAGUUCUUGGGCAUUAUCACGUGAUGCGAUCAUCCCAGAAGGUGAUAUUGAAGCAACCGACGAAUUUUAUGAUAAUGCAGAAUCACAUCCAUAUGGAUUCACAAAGACAUCCGGCUAUUUAUUCACAGAUGUCGAACAUGCAGCCGGUAUCUGGAACGGCCAUGGACGAAUCAUCAUUACAUAUAUAAGUUCUCUUAAAUGUCCAUCUUUCAUAUAUUCUCUUCCUCUUAACAUCAACAUUCUAAUAUUCAUUAUCUUACUUGAUCAAAACUCAUCUUAA